UGCAUCCAUAUUUCUUUUAAGGAUAGUAUAUAUUAAUAACAAAAUGUCUGCACCAUAUCCAAAUCCACCAUACCCAGCAGCACCAUAUCCUACUUCUGGUUCAGCACCAUACCCAAGUGCAAAUGCUAGUGCACCCUUGAAUAGUCGACCAUAUCAACCUCCAAUGUCGAAAUUAGAACUAAAAGUAUCUUGCAGAGAUCUUGUUGACAUGGAUGUGUUUUCUAAAUCUGAUCCAUUUGUGGUGGCAUACAUGCAAGGACAGCGUAAAGAAUGGAAUGAGAUUGGAAGAACUGAAGUCAUUAUGGAUUGUUUAAAUCCAGAUUUUGUGAAAUCCUUUAUUAUUGAUUAUUUUUUCGAAGAACAGCAGAUGCUCAAAUUUGAUGUUUAUGACUCUGACUCUGAUUCAGUUGAUCUGAGAAAACAGGAGUAUAUUGGUAGGCUGGUGACAUCAGUUGGAUCCAUAGUUGGUGAAAAUGGAAGUAAAAUUGAGCAGCAUCUGCAAACACCAACUGUCAAAGAUACUGAAAGGAAUGAUAAGUUCACUCGUAAAAGUCCUGGCAAGAUUAUAGUUCGAGCUGAAGAAGUUAGUUCUAAUAAGGAUAUUGUCACGUUAGAAUUUUGUGGAAAAGGACUGGAUAAGAAAGAUUUUUUUGGGAAAUCAGAUCCGUAUUUGCUGUUUGAAAGAUGCAAUGAGGACAACACAUAUUCCACUGUUCACAAAACAGAAGUUAUCAAAAAUACGUUAAAUCCUACGUGGAAAUCAUUUCAAAUUCCAGCUCAAACGCUUUGCAAUGGUGACUUUCAACGGACUUUGAAAAUUUCUUGUUUUGACUGGGAUAGCGACGGAAGCCAUGACCUAAUUGGUGUAUGUGAAACCAAUCUUCAAGAUUUAAUUGAUUUUAGAAAUGGUAGACCUACGUUUUAUGAGCUUAUAAAUCCGAAGAAGAAGAAAUCGAAAAAGAAAUACAAACAUUCUGGCACAAUUCACAUCAUCGAUUGUAAUAUAGUUCAAAAAAACACAUUUCUUGACUACAUUAGAGGAGGGUUGUCUUUAAAUUUCGUCGUCGCCGUUGACUUCACUGCUUCGAAUGGUUAUCCGUCUGAUCGCAGCUCACUUCACUACAAUAGCGAACAGUUUCCCAGCCAGUACGUUGAAGUUCUGCAAGCUAUAGGAGGGAUUAUUGAAGAUUACGAUAGCGAUAAAUUAUUUCCAGCAUUUGGAUUCGGUGCCAAGCUGCCUCCUGACUUCAAUGUUUACCACGACUUUGCGUUGAACUUUAAUCCAUCCAAUCCUGUCUGUCAAGGUGUAAACGGAGUAAUAGCUGCUUAUUACAACACGGUCAGGAAUGUCCAGCUUUACGGUCCAACAAACUUUGCACCAAUCAUCAACAGUACAGCUAGAAUGGCGCGUGAUUGUGUCCAAUCUGGUGGCGGUGCAUCCCAAUACUUUGUCCUUCUAAUCAUCACAGAUGGUAUUAUAUCAGACAUGCCACGAACAAAAGAAGCUAUAGUUGAGGCAUCUUCAUUACCAGUCUCUAUUAUUAUUGUUGGUGUAGGAAAAGCUGAUUUCGAUGCUAUGGAAGAACUUGAUGGUGAUGACGUCAAAUUGUCUCAUAAUAACAAGUACGCCCAAAGAGACAUCGUUCAGUUCGUUCCAUUUCGAGAUUUUAUGGAAGGUGGUGUGUAUGACCCAGCAAGCGGUGUUCGUCUUGCGAAAGAUGUAUUGCACGAACUUCCUGAUCAAGUGACAGAAUACAUGGAACAGAAUAAUAUCAAACCAAAUCCUCGACCUUACUAGAAAUAUCUUGAGGACACACCCAUGACGCCUAUAACAUAUUGCAUGGUCAAACGCACGGAGAAGAAGAACUGUUAAAAGGCUCUAAGAAUUAAAAUACAAGCUGGUCAUGAUUGAAAAGAAGAGCGUCAGUCGCAUUCAUGUAUUUGCGAGAAGUAGCUAUUUUAUCAGCUAAUCGUUGGAUAACAAUGGAGAACUGUUUGUAAUGUGGAAAGCCUGAUAAAAAUUGGUCCAACAAGACAUUCGCGGACGGAAAUUAUAAACGGUGCCAAAUGUUCAACUAAACGUCACUCAAUUGGUGUUUACUUUGAUAUAACAUAGCUACAUGUUUAAAAGUUUUUUGACGUCCCAUGCUUGACUCAGAUGUUUAAAAGUUUUUUGACGUCCCAUGCUUGACUCUGAAAUCUUUUUUUUCUUUUUUAUAUUAGAGUAUGAGGUAAAAUCAUUGUAGUAAUGUUUGUUUUAAAUGUUCGUUAUCCAAUUUUAGUACUAACAUUUUUAGCACUACCUGAAAGCUAUGACAAAAAACCAAAAAAAAUUGAGUAAAUGAUUAUUAAGCUUUUUUUAGCGUACCUGUCUUAUCGUUUCAAACAUUUCUAACAUAAUUUAGCGGUCAACAUUUUCGUCAUCCAGCAAAAGAUUUGUCGUUUUCAACCGCCGAAAUAAUUCGGCCGGAUAUAUGUAGAAAAUUAUUUUUUUCUUAACAUUACUUUUCAAUUCAUUUUUCUUAUUCAUCAAUUAGCUAUAUGCCAUGUUUUUCUGGCAUUCUCUUAAUCGAUAAUAAAAUCUCAAAAAUUGUCCACAUUUUCGUUGACAAUGUAUAUGUGGAUAAGGUGUAUAUGUUACCAACAACACGUCUGUUUUACAUUAGCAAUUAAAACGAAUUUUUUUUAGCAUAGAUUGUUUUUUUACAAAAGAACAGCUGAAGUACAAAUCUUCAGUUUUAUGCGUCAUCUACACUGUAAUAUAGAUUUAUACAUAUAUUUUAUUAUUAUUAAAAUUUACCAAUUUUAUUUACUUGUGUUAC